AUGCCAAAGCAAAACAAGUCGGCCUUGCAAAAACUGUACAGGAACAAGGAGCUUGACGGGUUUUCCUUGGUACGGACGGAGAUUCGUCACGCUACGGGAGGAGAGCUGGACCCCAAGACGAGACAAGAUGUUCUAAGAAAAGCUGCACGGCUGAUUAGGGAGCUUUCUGUGUUGAAUGCAAAGUUGCAACACCAACUUUAUAAAUACCGUCCCGGCUCCGAAACACCACCGAGUUAUGUCGGAGGAAUGAGUAAGCGUGUUCCGUCCACAGGCAAUCGAUAUAUCGUUGACAAUCAGCAGGUCCUUGUACGCAGGACCCAUAUUCCCCCCCAAACAGCGGCUGUCAGCCCGCAGACAUCAGACCGCCAACCGGAUUAUAUUCACUUGUCACCAGCACAGGCUAUGAACUCUUGCAACUACCAGGAGCAAGAAACCCAUCAAGUAGAAGGAUAUGGCGUGAGCACGGAUCCUUGCAGUGAAGAACUGGAGCAAGCAAUGGCUCGGCUGAAGCUCGGCUUGCACCUCCCUGAUUCCCAUUUGCAAGAUUCGAGCUGGGCCCUGGCAAGUCGCGACGGUCACAGAUCAAUACAUUUCAACAACCAUGUGCACAAUUAUCAAUCCGCAUCAGCGCUCGUUGUGCCUUUGCUGCGGUUCCAGAUCAUCUUCAGUGGUGUGAUAUGUCAAGGAAAUACAUUUUUGACCCCGACAAUGUUCUGUUUCACACCGCCUCUCAGCACUUUUUUUUGCUAUGCGCAUGACAUCUUGGACUGUAUCACGCGCCAGCGACCGUAUGGAGACUCGGGCGCCAUGUACCCUUGUGCAUCUCGGACGUUUUCAGGAAUAGUUUCGGAAGUUCAGCUAAGGUCGAGUGCUACGGGCGUAAAAUUACUGUCAUACUUCUGGCACACCACUUGGUGA